AAGUCUUCAAUCUCAAAAUCUGCAUCUCACCAAGCGCUCGGCGAUCAACAUCUCCACAGCCAUCUCUCUCUCGGACACACACGCACUCAGAAAUCAGAAUCGAAAUAACCUUUUGGAUUUGGAUUAAUACACGUACAGCAGCAAGUUCUGGUGCUCAGAGAUAAUCAAGAAAUGGGGAUCAAUUUCGACGGUGAGUUCAUGAAUCUGAAGGACACGGAGCUAAGGUUGGGAUUGCCAGGAGGGGAUGAAGAAGAUCAACGUUCAUGCAGCGUCAGGAGCAACAAGAGGUGUCGGCGGGAAUCAAGUGAGGAUGAGGAGUCAUGCGUAAGCAAGAACAACGCCUGUAACAGUUCCGACGAUCAAGAUAACGCCCCACCGGGAAAGGUACAAGUAGUGGGAUGGCCACCCAUUCGAUCUUACAGGAAGAAUUGUGUCCAGCAAAGAAAGGGAUCGCAAGAGGGUGACGGGGCCGGAAAUAUGUAUGUGAAAGUGAGCAUGGACGGUGCACCUUAUUUGAGGAAGAUAGAUCUCAAGGUUUACAACAGCUACACACAACUCCUCAAGGCCUUGCAGAACAUGUUCAAGUGCACCUUUGGUGAAUACUCAGAAAGGGAAGGGUACAACGGAUCUGAAUACGCUCCUACUUAUGAAGACAAGGAUGGCGACUGGAUGCUUGUUGGAGAUGUUCCAUGGAAUAUGUUCAUGUCAUCUUGCAAGAGGCUGAGAAUCAUGAAGGGAUCAGAGGCUAAGGGAUUGGGUGGUAAUUUAUGAUACACAGUCCAUCGAAGUUCAACCUCUAUCUUUGGGUUAGCGAAGUCUAAAGCAUGCGCCUCUGGUGAGAAACAAGACGAGCCAGCAAACACACUUUUCAGUUUCAUCUUAUAGUCUUCUGAUAAGUCCUCGAAAACGCGUCGAGGCCACAAACAAAGACGUGGAGGAAAAAGAAAAAGGCAAUUGCUAUUUUAAUUGUACAGACGAUACAUGCAGUAUAUAUAUCUCUCGUUUUGUCCUAGACUUUUGUUCAUCAAUUUAUAUAUGAGUAUAUAUAUCAAAUUUACAUUA